UGCGUUUGACGUAAAUGGUUUCCUUCCAAUUUUGUGGUACAUUCCAGGGUCAGGCAAUCCAGGCCGUACUGAUAAUGUCCGCAAGAAUAGUAUCGAUAUUCGAUAUGUAUGUAGCGAAUUAACAGUAACCAUCUGCCGAUUUUAGAUACUAUUGCAAUGUUGUGUACUUAAUUAUAUAUUUCGUCCAUUGAUCAAUGCACACAUUAUUUUGUUGUUAUCACAAUGGCCAACAAAGACUUUAUGGCGAGGAACUCUGCCUUCAAUCCAUAUCGUUUGUGGAGGAAGGAAUUGGGGUUUGGGACUCCUGUUGGGGGUGGUGAUGCAUUGGCGAAGAGCCUUUACUGUGGUAUGAAACCUAUCGCUUCUUGGGACAGUGAGCAAUCUAACAGUUUACCCACUGGAGGUGUAUACAACCUUGAAUUUUCACCGGAAGGGUCUCUCUUAGUAGCAGCAUGUGAGAAGAAGAGCAUUCAAAUAUUUGAUCCUCUCACCCAUCAGAGGGUGCACUCAGUUCAUGGAGCUCAUUCAGAUUGUGUCAACUGUGUCAAAUUUUUGGAUGGUAGAAUGUUUGCAACUUGUUCAGAUGAUACGACAGUGGCAUUAUGGGAUGUUCGAAACUUAAAAAAGAAGAUAAGGUCAUUAUUAGGGCACUCUAAUUGGGUGAAAAAUAUAGAAUUCUCUUUUAAGGAUAAACUUUUGGUUACCUCUGGACUGGAGGGCAGUAUUUACACAUGGGAUAUAAAUUCUUACACAGAAUACAACCUAGUCUAUCAGAGGGUAUUCCAUGCAUCUGGGUUGAUGCGGUGCAAACUGUCACCGGAUGCUCGUCAAAUGGUCAUGUGUACUACUGGAGGACUCUUAGUUAUUGUACAUGAUCUCAAUCUGUCAACGUUGGCACAGCAUUUGCAUGGAUUUAAGCCCAACUUGUACAGGCUGAUGCAAAUGAGCCAACAAUUAAUUCCGAUCGCUGCCAUGUACGAUCACCUGUUUGAUAGCAAUCGAAAGGAAAAUCGCAUUGAAUUUGUCUCUGACUUCCCUGAUGGCAAUGACGCCAAGGUUGUUGGAUCUUUACAGAUACACCCGCAAGGAUGGAGUGCUUUAAGUAGAAAUAUAAGCCAUGACGACAGGUCCGAGUGGUCGUGCAUUCACGACAUUCAGCCGUAUUCAGAAGGUGAGGGUAGCGACAAAUCGACGCGUGACAGCGUGGUGGCGCGCGCCCCUCGACGAUUGGCGGCUAGAAGGCCGGCACGAAGACUCCGCCCCCGCCUGCACCGACAGCCACGCCCGCAGCCCCCGGCCUCCGCCCCCGGACCCGCCCCUACCACCUCACACUCAGAGUCAGCAGACAACCAGAACGAGAGAGAGGAGGAGCGAGACGAGCCGGUGCCCGAGCCCGGCCCAAGCGCGGCCCGCAGCGAAGACCCCGCGGCUGGGUCUGACCACCCCAGACUAGCAAAUGGACCAUCGAGUAUACAAAAUGACGUGUGGGAAGCUUCUAUUACCAUCAAGCAACACAGGACGUUACAGGAAAUGUACAGUCGGGGUCAGGUGGGCAGGAACUUCAACAUGCAGCGUAUAAUGGGCAUCAACACGGGCAUCAGUCCGCCCAACCCGGCCGGGGCGCUGCGCCGCUCGCGGUACCUGCCGCCCCGGGUGCUGCUCGGCGGCCCACGCGACGAUGUUCCGCUGAGGCUUGACAGGCAACCGUCGUCGUCGGGCGAGACGCCGAGUAGAGAGCGACCGCCUGGAAUUAUCGAGGAGGUGGAAACACCACACUACAUCAGACAGAACAGAAACAGACUGCUCUAUUAUAUAGAGGAGACUAAUGAAGGCAAAGGAUUCAUCAAGGAACUAUGCUACUCAGCGGACGGGCGUUUAGUUUGCUCGCCGUUCGGCCGCGGGAUGCGAUUGCUCGCUCUAAACGAAGAUUGCAGCGAGCUCUCUCAAACGGCCGGUGAACUGAAACAGGCGCGCCCUCUCGCGGACAUAGGCCAGAGUGUGGGCGUACACCAGGACCUGGUCGUCAGCUCGCGGUUCAACCCGCGCUACCACAUGCUGGUGACCGGCUGCCUCGACGGCAAGAUCGUCUGGUACGAACCGUACAGCGGCGAGGCGCUCUACUGACGCGCGUCUUCAUUGCCUUCUAGCUACUUAAUAAAUCCUCACUGCGAUCG